AUGUGGAUGUUGUGCGCUGCAACACAGUUAGGCUUGGUAUGGUGUUUCGUUGUUCUUGGUUGCGCACAGGAAUUGCUGUUGAGAUGUGCACACUCAUUAGCUAGCACAAAUUCCGUCAAAUGCCGAUUUUACGAUCAACACUGCUACGCCAAAAUGUUUCACCUAUCGGGAAAGUUGUUGGCACCUGCGCCAGCUCCUUUAUCGAAAAACGUCGAAUUCCCAAGACUAGUAAAACCUAGACACCCCGCCGCGAGAGAGACUAGAUCGCUAUUGGCUGAAUUCACCGAAAUGCCGCAUUCUAAGCGCGGUCUACAAUCCCGGAAAACGCCCGGCGACUGUUAUGUCUUUGAUGACAUAUGA